UACAGAUGAACAUCUCACAGAGACUGUUGUCACCUGAAUUAUGAAGAGAGAGGAGACAAAGGCCUCCUGUCCUUCAGUAUAAAAGCGCGGCUGACCAAAAUGUUUUUGCUCCCUGCUGUUGCCAUGAAUCUCACAACCCCUCUUCUCCUGCUGGUUCUCACCGCUUGUGUGGCCAGUGCUGCACUGCUGCCCAAGGCCGUGUGGCAGUUUGGGAAAAUGAUCCAGUGUGCCCAGCCUGGGGUCAGCCCUCUGGCCUAUAACAACUACGGCUGCUGGUGCGGUUUCGGAGGGACGGGAACCCCUCGGGACGGGGUGGACGAGUGCUGUAAAGUCCAUGAUAAAUGCUACGAAAGAAGCAGAAAGACUCCUGGAUGUACGGCCAUUGCUGACCUUCCCUACAUCCUGGCUUAUGACUUCUCUUGCACCAAUGACCAGGUGUCCUGCUCAGCUACCAACGACAAGUGCCAGGCUGCUGUGUGUGAGUGUGAUCGGGUGGCGGCCCACUGCUUUGCUCAGGCCACAUACAACCCAGACAACAAGAACCUGGAUCCCGAAGUCCACUGUGUCAGCUGAGCUAUAUAACCCAGAAAAAAACACACUUAU